AUGUCAUCAUUAUCUUCGAUUGAAAAUGAAAAAGAAAUAUUCUACAACAGUUUUAGAGUAAAUGAGGCGUAUCCAUGGUAUCCAACACUGGGCCAGCCACUAAUAUAUUAUUCUGAAGUAGAACAUUUUCCCAACAGUAGAACCGAUAAAGUAGACAUAAAAGAUUUUGCAACUUGGCUGGACGAAAAAUACAAUGAUUACUUACAGAACAGCCACACUCAAUAUAAUUAUAAUGAAACCUCUACGAUUGAAAUAGUCGCCUCUUCAAAUAAAGUUAAAAAGAAAGAAAUAAAAUCCAAGAAGCAAUCAAGACUGAGAUCGAGUCAUAGCAUCGAAGUUAUUUUAAAACCUAAACAACUUACUCGUCCUGCAUCAGAAUGUUGCCAAAAAAGUAUAGCUCAGUCACGUAAUCAAAUUAAUAGCACGACUCAAUCCAACACGAGUGUUGUCGAAAAAAAAUUGAAACCUAAAUCUCAAAGCUUAACAAGUAUUCUGAAAGAAAGAGAAAUAUAUGUGAUUCCGUUUGAUAUCGUUCAAGAUGCGAAGAAUGAUAUUGAAGGCAAGAAGAAAUCUGCAAUUAUAAUAUCAAAGAGGGAUUCUGCUAUGAAAUAUAAAAAAAACAAUAUUAAGGAUAUCAUGUGUCAAUGUUCCUAUGUAAUGUCCAAUAGAGCAGAUGCGUCGAGUCAAUUUGAAAAGAAAACGAGUAAACCUAAUAUUUGCCUAUGUAACGAUGUCGAGCCGACGGCCUUGCGAAAGGGAGAGAAAAUCGGAUAUCCAAUUUUUAUGAAAUUAAUAUGCCCAGAUAAAAUGAAAGAAAAUUACUUUUUAAAAACUCAAACA